AUGGUUAGCAUUUAUGAUGUUCUAGGCAAUAGGGCCAAGAAACCUAAAACUACCACUACACGUCCAAAGGCUACGACUGCCUCUCCUAAGAAAGCUAGUAAGUUCUUCAAGAAAUCAACGGAAGAAGAUGUAAUAGAUUUAGAUAAUGAUGAUGGUGAUGAAGAUUAUGUUGAUAAGGAUGAACCCAAAGAGGAAGGCAAAGAUAUAGACGAUGACCUGAUGGAUGAAGAUGAUUUGGAAAUAAUCGAACCUCCAAAGCCAAAGACCACUAGAGCAAAACCAGAUGCUUCUCGUUCAAGGAAAGUCAUGAAACCACCAAUUGAUAUUGCAGAUGAGCCACCAACGAAGAAAGCUAAAACUACUCCUGCUAAGAAGAAGACAACAACUCCUGUGACUUCUGGGUCAGAAUCUAUAGCGGAGAAAGUACUUGCUACGAUUCCAGAUGCAGUUUUACCUGAAGUGGAUCCAACUAAGAAGGUCAAUUUCUUUGCCUUACAAGCAGCAAAGGAUAAUGCUCCACAACCCACUGGUGAUAUAAAUAUCCCAGAAGCUCAACCAAAUUGUUUAGGAGGAUUGACCAUAGUGUUUACAGGUAUAUUGCCCAAUUUAGAACGUACACAAGCAGAAAACUUGGCUAAAAAAUAUGGUGCUAGAGUGACAAAGUCCAUUAGUGGGAAGACUAGUUUGGUAGUCCUUGGGGAUGAUGCUGGACCUUCAAAAGUUCAAAAGAUAUCAUCUUUAAACAUAAAGGCCAUCAAUGAAGAAGGAUUUAUUCAAUUGCUUACGUUAAUGCCCGCAGAUGGUGGUGAUGGUGUUGCCGCUCAAAAGGCAAAGCAAUUAAGAGAAGAAGAAGAUCGUAAAAUAAUGGAACAAGUAGAGAGAGAUGUUGCUCUCGAAGAAGAGAAGAAACGUCAACAUGAACAGGAAUUAAAAAAAUACAGGAAAGAGGAGGAAAGAAGAGCCAAAGAAAAGGCUAAACAAUCGUCAACACUACCUGUUAAAAGUGAAGACAUUUCAGAGAAUCAAUUACUUAGUCAUGGUUCAUUCCCACAAUCUCAAUUACCAAAAGAUGAGCCCAAGAUAAUUCUUGACGAAGAUAAAUUAUGGACUACAAAAUACAAACCCACAGAUAUUAAUUCAUUGUGUGGAAAUAAAGGGUCUGUUUCUAAGCUUAAGAAUUGGUUAGAAAAUUGGUUUGAAAGCAGAAAGGGUCCAGGAAGGGAAAGUGAUGGGCUGAAGUUUAGAGCAGUUUUGAUCAGUGGACCUCCUGGUAUUGGUAAAACAACAGCAGCCCACAUUGUAUCACAACAACUUGGAUUUGAUGUUUUGGAAAAGAAUGCCUCUGAUGUUCGAUCGAAAUCACUUUUAAACCAGCAAGUUAAAGGUGUUUUGAACAACACUUCAGUUGUAGGAUAUUUCAAACAUAGGGGUGAUGCUGUUGAAGAUAAGAACUCUAAGAAAUUUGCAUUAAUUAUGGAUGAAGUUGAUGGUAUGUCAAGUGGCGAUCAUGGUGGUGUUGGAGCAUUAGCAGCAUUUUGUAAGGUGACUCAUAUGCCGUUAAUUUUGAUUUGUAAUGAACGGACACUUCCUAAGAUGAGACCACUUGUUGCAUGUACUUAUGGGUUAAGAUUUCAAAGACCACUGGAAAAGGACGUAAUUUCCAAGUUAUUCACUAUUGCUAUGAGAGAAAAAAUUAAAAUGGAUAAAGAAGUUGUUGGUCAAUUAGUCCAAGCAACUGGUGGGGAUAUCAGACAAAUGAUUAACCUUAUGUAUACAGCCUCGAGAACUCAGAAGCAAUUUGGCCAGGUAGAAGCCACUAAAGCAUCUAAACAGUGGGGUAAGGAGGCCAUUCUUAAACCAUUUGAUAUUAUUCCAUCAUUCUUUGGAAACAGAAUUUGGCAUGAAGGAGCUAAUCAUAAUUUGAAUGCAAAGCUUGAAUUGUAUUUCAACGAUAUGGAUAUUGUUCCACUUAUGAUUCAAGAUAAUUAUCUUGGAUGUAAACCUAGCAAUGCUGUUUCAGAAAAGGAUGCCUUGAAGAAAAUUGCAAAGGCAUCAGACGAUAUUCUGAGAUCUGAUAGAGUUAACUCAUUAAUUAGAUCUAGUGAACAACAAUGGUCAUUACUUCCUUUCCAUGCUAUACUUUCUACAAUAGCCCCAUCAUACGAAGUUCACGGACAGUUACUGCAACGGAUUAAUUUCCCUGCUUGGCUAGGACAAAACUCGAAAGCUAUGAAAUUCAUGAGACUUUUACAAGGGGUCCAAUAUCAUACCAGGACUUGUACAACUUCUGAAAAGAUUGAAUUAAGAUUGGAGUACAUUCCACUUAUGGCACAUCGACUUGUUGACCCAUUAAAAGGUUAUGGUGAAGACGGUAUUGAAUCAGUUAUUGAUUUCAUGGACUCUUACUAUUUAAAUAAAGAAGAUUGGGACUCAAUUGUGGAACUUGGGGUUGGAAAGAAUAAAGAUACCCUUUUAACCCAAGGAUUAAAGCCUGCAGUCAAAUCUAAAUUCACCCGGAAAUAUAAUGAAUUGUCACAUCCUACUAUUAUAUUAAAAACUGGAGAUUCUGUUUCCAAAGGAGGGGCAAGGGCACCAAAAGUUGAUUUUGAAGAUGUCGUGGAAGAUGAUACUACUAGUGAUAAAUCUGAAGAAAAGGACGCAGAACAAACUACUGAUGUUACAAAGGACAAACAGAUUGGAGUUAAAGUGAAAACUCAUGAGCAAUAUCUUAAAGAACAAGCUAGAAAGGCUAAAAGGAGAGAAAAAGAUGCCAAAGCAAAGAAGUAA